AUGGCGACGGAUGAGGCGGGCCAUGCGACACGUCGCCUGUUCGUGACGGAUGCACGGACAAAGGUGAGGUUCCUCGUUGAUACGGGAGCGGAUCUAUGUGUGUUCCCACGAAAAAUGAUUCGCGGUCCGCGACAGAAAUCGAUAUACGAGUUAUCAGCCGCGAACGGAACAGUAAUCAACACAUACGGAACAGAAACAUUAUCACUGAAUCUCGGUUUAAGAAGGUCGUUCGUUUGGCGUUUCGUGGUCGCCGACGUGUCGAAACCAAUAAUCGGAGCUGACUUCUUGGCGCAUUAUGGACUCCUCGUUGAUUUGAGAGGCGGUAAAUUAGUCGAUCAAGUCACGAGCUUGACGGUGCCCGGUCAGUGCAUUUGCUGCAGCGUUCCGAGUAUAAAAACUGUCGCGGGGGAAACACCGUAUCAUGUGUUAAUGACGAAAUACCCAGAGGUGACGCGACCGGAGGGACGACCAAGGGAAGUGAAACAUGAGACGCGGCAUUAUAUUGAGACGGCACCGGGACCGCCCAUAGCAAGCAGACCACGAAGACUCGCGCCGGAGCGUUUAACGAUAGCUCGAAAAGAAUUUCAGACGAUGGUCGAGCUUGGAGUCGCGCGGCCGUCAAAGAGCAGCUGGUCGUCACCGCUGCACCUCGUUCAAAAAAGGGCGAGGGAUGGCGACCUUGUGGCGACUAUCGGGCGUUAA